GGCCCGAACGCCCGGAGCGGCCCGAGGGAGCGAGUAGGCCCCGCGUACCUCCUGCUCCGAGUGAGAGCCGGGGGCCCUGCGGCGCCCGCCGGCCCCAGCGCUGCGGGGAGCGGCGGCGGGCGGCGCCAUGGCCGACAGGGCGCGGGCGGCGCUCUCCGAGGCGGGCUGGUAUCUUUCAGAUGAAGGAAUUGAAGCUUGCUUAAGUUCAUCUGAAAAAGUUAAUACAAAUGAUAUAAUCCUAGUUGCCCUUAAUACAGAUUUAAGAACGAUUGGCAAGAAAUUCCUGCCCAGUGACAUCAAUGGUGGAAAGGUGGAAAAGCUAGAAGGGCCUUGUGUUCUGCAAAUACAGAAAAUUCGCAAUGUUGCUGCACCAAAGGAUAACGAAGAAUCUCAGGCUGCUCCCAGAAUGUUACGUUUACAGAUGACGGAUGGACACACAAGCUGCACGGCUAUAGAAUACAGUAGCAUGUCAAAAAUAAGCCUGAACACUCCACCUGGAACAAAAAUUAAGCUUUCAGGAACUGUUGAAGUGAGAAAUGGGUUCUUGCUGCUGGAUGACAGUAACACAGCAGUUCUUGGAGGUGAAGUGGAGCAUCUUAUAGAAAAGUGGGAAUUACAAAGGAGUUUGGCGAAACACAGUAGGAGUAACAUUGGAACAGAAGGCGGUCCUCCACCUUUUGUACCCUUUGGGCAGAAAUGUGCAUCUCAUGUGCAAGUGGAUAGCAGAGACCUUGAUCGCAGAAAGACUCUGCAGAUGACAAAUGCUGUAAAAACCGUUGUGGACAAUGAUGAAUUUGAAAAGCAGAGAACAGCUGCUAUUGCAGAAGUAGCAAAGAGCAAGGAGACCAAGACGUUCGGAGGAGGUGGUGGUAGUAGCAGAAGUAAUCUCAGUGUGAGUGCUGGAGGGAAUCGAAACAGGGAACUGUUCCAGAAAGAGAAGAUAACAAAACCUGAGGGGAAGAAUGAAGGUGUCUACCGAGAACUGGUUGAUGAAAAGGCUCUAAAACACAUAACAGAAAUGGGUUUCAGCAAAGAAGCAGCAAGGCAGGCACUUAUGGAUAACAGUAACAGCCUAGAGGCAGCAUUAAAUUUUCUUCUGAACAACAGUAAACAGAAACCCAUUCAGGGACCACCACCUAGAGGUAAAGGGAAGGGCCGAGGCCGAAUAAGACCUGAAGAUGAAGAAGAGCUAGGAAAUGCCAGACCAUCUGCACCAAGCACACUGUUUGAUUUCUUGGAAUCCAAAAUGGGUACUCUAACUGUAGAGGAACCAAAAUUGCAAUUUCAGCCAGCACAUCAAGUACAGCACAAAGUUAUGAAUACAGAACAGAAUGGCAUCAAAGAGAAUCAUUCAAGACACAUUUCUCGCAAUGACAUGAGACAACCAAGGAACGAGAAACCCCCUCGUUUUCAAAGGGAUUUUCAGAAUUCAAGGCAGACUUUGGAAAGUGGUGGAUUACCAAGAAACAGAGGUCCUGAAAGGCACAGCUCUUUAGAACACUGGACAGAUGAAAAAAAUAAAAGUGACAGACAUUUUCCUAGAAAUGAUAGGCCAAAGGAUUUGAGUUAUCCCAUAGCCACUCACCAGAGUGAUAUUACUUUCAAAAAAAGAGAUAAUAUGCAAAACAGAAUAGGAAAAGGAGUGUCUUUCACAGAAUUCAAGGAAAACUCUUCUACUCAAGAUACUACAGACAACAAUAACCAGAAACGUGGGAAAAGGGAAAACCAAACACACAAUUCGGAAAAUUUUUGUGAUAGGAAGGCACGAACAAUAAGCAGUGAAGCCUUCAUGGUAAAAAGUGAGCAACAUUUUGGUGUUAAUAAUGAUUACCAAAAUCCCAGCAGAACUGAUAAUUUUAAUACUGUACCAAAUGGAGAUACUGAGCAUCAUCAGAAAGGGAGACGAGUAGGACCUAUCAAAUCAUCAGGACCCACUACAAUCCCAUCUUUUGAUGAUAAAAUGUUGUAUUACAACACCGGUCCCAAAAGGAGAACUGGGCCCAUCAAACCAGAGAAAAUAUUAGAACCAUCUAUUCACAUGGAGUAUGGAAAAAGUUGGAGACCAGGGGAUGAAUGUUUUGCUCUUUAUUGGGAAGACAACAAGUUCUACCGGGCAGAAAUUGAAGCUCUUCAUUCUUCUGGGACAACUGCAGUUGUUAAAUUCAGUGAUUAUGGAAAUUAUGAAGAGGUGCUUCUCAGCAACAUCAGGCCUGUUCAUGCAGACACAUGGGAGGACGAAGAAGAAACAUAUGAGCAAACUCUAGAAUUCCGCAGAGGAGGUGAUGGUCAGCCGAGACGGUCCACACGACCUACUCAACAAUUUUAUCAACCCCCCAGAGCUAGAAACUGAUGAAUAAGGAAAAAAAGAAACUUUCUCGGAGUCGGGGGAAAUUCACCGGCAGUUCCCAACUUGCUGAAGACUUCUAGAAGAAAUUCUGGCUUUUUUCCAGGCAGCAGGAUGGAACAAAGAAAGCUCGUGUGAGCAGAAUGAAUUUGGACCUGACACCACAAGAGACUUUUUUAAAGUUCUUAGUUAAAUGAAGCUGAAUACUUUUUACACGUGAAAGAGGCAAAUUGUCAUUGCUGCCAUCAAUAAAACCACGGUGCACUAUUCUA